AUGGCAGGGCAGCAGGCGCUGCUUCUGUUUGGAUUUCUACUGCCUGGGAUCCUGUUCUCAGAGGCUGCCAAAAUCCUAACUGUGUCCCUGGUGGGUGGAAGUCAUUUUCUACUGAUGAAUCAGAUCUCUCAGAUUCUUCAAGAUCAUGGUCAUAAUGUCACCAUGCUUCUCCAAAGGGGAAAUUUAUUGCUACCAGGUUUUAAAGAGGAGGAGAAAUCAUACAAAGUUUUUAACUGGUUUCUGCCUGAAGACUGUAAUGAAGAAUUUAAGAGAUCUUUUCAUUCCUUUAUGGAGAAAACUUUUGUGGGCAGAUGCAGAUUUGAACACUUUUUAAAUGUUAUGAAACUACUAGGGCACCACUGCAGUCAUUUGCUAAGGAGAAAUGAUGUCAUGAAUUCUUUAAAGGAUGAGAACUUCGACCUGGUGAUUGUGGAAAUGUUUGACUACUGUCCUUUCUUGGUUGCUGAGAAGCUUGGGAAGCCAUUUGUGGCCGUUCUCCCUUCCCCACUGGGCACUGUGGACUUUGGGCUGCCAAGUCCUCUGUCUUAUGUGCCAGUAUUCUAUUCCUUGUUAACUGACCAGAUGGACUUCUGGGGCCGAGUAAAGAAUUUCCUGAUGUUCUUUGAGUUCUUCAAGAAGCAGUGGAAAAUCCAGUCUGCGUAUGAUGACACCAUCAAGGAGCAUUUCCCAGAUGACUCUAGGCCAGUUUUGUCUCACCUGCUAACAAAAGCAGAGCUGUGGUUUGUUAACUCCGACUUUGCCUUUGAUUUUGCUCGGCCCCUGCUUCCCAACACUGUGUGUAUUGGAGGUUUAAUGUCCAAACCUGUUAAACCAGUACCACAGGAAUUUGAGAAUUUCAUCACCAAAUUUGGAGACUCUGGUUUUGUCCUUGUAAGCCUGGGGUCCAUGGUGAGUUUCAUUCGGUCCCAGGAGGUUCUCAAAGAGAUGAAUGCUGCCUUUGCUCAUCUCCCUCAAGGGGUGAUAUGGAAGUAUAACCCUUCUCGUUGGCCCAAAGACAUCAAAUUGGCCCCAAAUGUGAAAAUUGUGCACUGGCUUCCUCAGAAUGACCUUCUGGGGCACCCUCGCAUCCGCCUCUUUGUCAGCCAUGGCGGGAUGAAUAGUAUCAUGGAGGCCAUCCAACAUGGUGUGCCCAUGGUGGGGAUUCCCCUCUUUGGAGACCAACAUGAAAACCUGCUCCGAGUUAAAGCCAAAAAGUUUGGUGUCUCUAUCCAAUUAAAGCAGAUCAAGGCUGAGACACUGGCUCUGAAGAUGAAGCAAGUCAUAGAGGAUAAGAGGUACAAAUCUGCCGCAGAGGCUGCCAGCAUCAUCAGACGCUCGCAGCCCCUGACCCCUGCCCAGCGGCUGGUGGGCUGGAUCGACCACAUCCUCCAGACAGGGGGUGCAGCCCACCUCAAGCCCCAUGCCUUCCAGCAGCUGUGGUAUGAGCAGUACCUACUGGACGUCCUCUUGUUCCUGCUGGUGGUCACCCUGGGCACCAUGUGGCUCUGUGGGAAGCUACUGGGCCUGGUAGCCAGGUGGCUGUGUGGGGCCAGGAAGCUGAAGAAGGCUUGA